UCUUAUUCAGAUUCCGACACAGUUCGAUCAAAUUUAACAAUUACAGUCCGAUCAAAACCCAAAACCCAAAAUCCAAAGCCCUUCCCGCCAUUUCUCAGUUCUUCUUCCCUUCCGCUCCUGCUCUGUUCUUCUCUCUCUGAAAUACUUUAUUCCCCUUUUCAUUACCUACAAUUGAUGCUUUCACUGCGUUCAUGUUAUUAUCUACGCCCCAUCACAUUGCCUCAUCCCCAAUUCAAGAAACUCAUCUUCUUCAACAAACCUCCCUCUUUCAAACCCAUUUUUCAGAAUUUUGUUUCAUCAAUGUCUUCUCGUCCUUCUGCAUUCGAUGCUCUCAUGUCUGGUGCUCGGGCCGCUGCCAAGAAGAAGCCCGUUAAUUCUUCUCCCAAGAAGCGUAAAGCCCUUGAUUCUUUGGACCCUCCUCCAAAACCUAGCUCUUCCGUUGCUCUGGAGUCAACGCCGGCUGUUGAAUCGCAGUGCGGCAGUUCAAUCGCAAAUUUGGACAAUCAUGGAGGUACUCAUCUGGUAAAGUCCGAGGACGCUGCAGAUUUGGGGGAAACCAAGUUGCGUCAGGACAAUGGUGGCAGUGUUGAACCCAAGAACGGGCCGUUUGGGAACAAGGCGUGUGCGUCCAGUGUUCAAGAAAGAACUGCAAAAUUGAAGAGCUCUAUUCCAGAGUUGAAAAGGAAGGCCAAGGAUUUCAACUCGAAGAAUGUUGCAUGUUGGAAAGAGGGCGAACGGGUUCCCUUUUUGUUUCUGUGUUUGGGGUUCGAUAUGAUUUCGGAGGAGUCUAGUAGGAUUAUUAUCACCGAUAUAGUCUGCAACAUGCUGAGGACCGUCAUGGAUACUACGCCCGACGACUUGGUAUCUACUGUGUAUCUUUUGGCGAAUAAGAUUGCUCCAGCUCACGAAGGGCUUGAGUUGGGGAUUGGGGAUGCUUCUAUUAUCAAAGCUCUUUCUGAGGCUUUUGGGAGGACAGAGGCACAGGUCAAAAAACAGUACAAGGAAUUGGGAGAUUUAGGUCUUGUUGCUAAAGCCAGCCGUUCAUCUCAAUCCAUGAUGCGAAAGCCCGAUGCUUUAACUAUUACCAAAGUAUUUGAUACAUUUCGGCUGAUUGCUAAGGAAUCUGGCAAGGAUAGUCAGGAGAAAAAAAAGAACCAUAUCAAGUCACUGCUUGUUGCUGCCACUGACUGCGAACCUUUAUAUCUGAUUAGAUUGCUGCAGACAAAAUUGCGAAUUGGACUUGCUGAGCAGACUCUUUUAGCUGCAUUAGGACAAGCAGCUGUAUAUGCUGAAAAACACUCAACACCACCAUCGAAUAUUCAAUCUCCUCUAGAAGAGGCUUCUAAGAUUGUUAAGCAGGUGUAUUCUAUACUCCCAGUUUAUGAUAAACUUGUCCCUGCUCUUCUUAGUGGUGGUGUGUGGAAUCUUUCAAAAACGUGCAACUUUACACCGGGAAUUCCAAUUGGACCCAUGCUGGCAAAACCUACAAAAGGAGUGUCUGAGAUCUUAAAUAAAUUCCAAGGUUUGGAAUUUACUUGUGAAUACAAAUAUGAUGGGGAGCGUGCCCAGAUACAUUACAUGGAAGAUGGUUCAGUUGAGAUCUACAGUCGAAAUGCUGAACGGAACACUGGAAAGUUCCCUGAUGUUGUUCUCACGGUAUCAAGGAUAAAGAAACCAUCUGUAAGAUCAUUUAUUUUGGAUUGUGAACUUGUUGCUUAUGAUCAUGGAAAACAAAAGAUUCUGCCUUUUCAGAUUCUGAGUACUCGAGCUCGUAAGAAUGUGGCCAUGAGUGAUAUUAAGGUUGAAGUGUGUGUAUUUGCUUUUGAUCUACUGUAUCUUGAUGGUCAACCACUUAUCCAGAGAGAACUUAAUGUUCGUCGAGAGCUUCUCUAUGAUUCAUUUAUUGAAGAACCUGGAUAUUUUCAAUUUGCCACAGCAAUAAUAACAAAUGACCUUGAGGAAAUACAAAAGUUCCUUGAUGCAUCGGUUGAUCAAAGCUGUGAGGGUUUAAUAAUCAAAACACUGAACCGGGAUGCUACUUAUGAACCUUCCAAGAGGUCGCAUAACUGGCUAAAACUGAAGAAGGAUUACAUAGACAGCAUAGGGGAUUCGCUUGAUCUGGUACCAAUUGCUGCUUUCCAUGGCCGUGGGAAACGUACAGGUGUCUAUGGUGCAUUUCUCCUUGCCUGUUAUGAUAAUGACAACGAAGAAUUUCAAAGCAUUUGUAAGAUAGGAACUGGGUUUUCUGAAGCAAUGCUUGAGGAACGUUCUGCAAGUCUCCGUUCUAAAGUCAUUCCUGAACCUAAGUCAUAUUAUCGGUAUGGAGAUACAAUCAAUCCAGAUGUUUGGUUUGAGCCUACUGAGGUUUGGGAGGUUAAAGCAGCAGAUUUAACUAUCAGCCCAGUUCAUCGUGCAGGAGUUGGCAUUGUGGAUUCUGACAAGGGAAUUUCUCUUCGGUUUCCACGUCUUGUUCGUGUAAGGAAAGACAAAAAUCCAGAGGAAGCAUCAUCAUCAGAGCAGGUUGCCGACAUGUAUAAUGCUCAGAAACACAACCACCAAAACAAUCAAGAUGACAAUGAAGACGACUAAGGAGUGAAGUUUUAACUCUUUCCAAAUGUGUUGCUCGCUCGGUUUUCAACCAGAUAAUUAUUGGCAAAUGGCAAAUUACAUUGUCUGAUCAUGGUGCCAUGGAACAUGUCAUGUCUACUUGGGCCUUGGGGUGUAUGUUUCAGGUUCAACCGGUCAGAUUUUAGCUGAUCUCGAUAUUCCUUGUAAUUGCAUAAAAUGUUUUCCUGCUGUUGAGCUAAGAGCUUCAUGGGCCCACAUCUGUUCUGAAAUCAUCUUUAACAAUGUAGACAAAAAUGUGAAAUCAAUUUCUUGACACUUGUACAUUAUAUAAUUUUUGAUAUUACAUGA